AUCACCCUCGCCUCUGUGGAUAACUGCCAACCUCCGGCCAGAACUUUUCCUGAGUCAGAGACCCCUGGCUCACAGCACAGUCCGGCUCCGUCCCCGGCACCAUGAAGACACCUCUCCUCUUCUGCCUUCUCUCGGCCCUGCUGGAGACAGGGACCUGUGUUUCGUGUGAGGUUUGCUACAGCACACAUGACAGCUGUACGGGCGAUCUCCAAGUCUGCAAUGAGCGAAUGGACUCCUGUGGGAUCAUGAAAACAGAAACCAUAAUAGGCGAGAUUAAGAGUCCUGCCGUUUUCAAGUCCUGCGUGUCCUCCAGCCAGUGCCGCCUCAGUCCUCUUUCCAUGACUUUUGGGAACGGGAUCUCUGUGACCACGAUCAUCGCCUGCUGUGUGGGACGGGCCUGUAAAACAGCCUCCGUUACCGUGCCCCCGGCUAACACCACCCUGAACGGCCGGAGCUGCCGCGGCUGCUACUCUAUGUUUUCCCAUCACUGCAGUGAAGAGCUCGUCGCCUGUACAGGAGCCCAGACCCAGUGCAUCCAUAUCAGCGGCACCGUGAAAAGCGGUGAGGCAACCGUGCACACCACCAUGAAAGGCUGCGCCACCGAGUCUGCCUGCACCAAUAUACAACAAUCCAAAGGGAGCUUCGUGGGGGUCAGUGCGGAUCUCGCCACGGCCGAAUGCAGACCAGCCUCCCAUGUGCCCAGCAUGGCUCCGGAACCAGCCAGACUCAUCCUCCCAACCCUCGUUACCGUCCUGUUGGCGAACGUCCUCUCCUGAUCCCCACUCCUGCGGCACAGCCACGCUGCCCCGGAUAACCACACUGCAGGUGGCGAGCGUAGCCCUGCCAAAGGAUCCCAUGCCCAGCUCGAAUUCACUGCCCCUUUCGUGGGAUUAACUGAAUAAACCACACAGGAGAAAAUU